AUGCAGGGUGAAGAAAUUAGUUUGGUUCCCUCUGGGGAUUACUUAAUUCCAAAAGAUCUCAACGAACUCGUCGAUUGGUUGGACAUUAAAGAACAGGGACAAAAAGAGUUUGGUACAAAAACAUCUGGACAUGGUUUUGCUAGUGACAAACGUAAUGUUACUGGCAACGACUCGGCUACUGAUUUGUUAAAAGCUAUUGAUAAUGGUUCAGAUAUUCUGACCAUGGACGUGGAUUAUUUCAACCCUUUUGCUGAAAUGGAUCCAUUUGCUGAUGCUAGUCUAGAUAGCUUUGUUGAUUUAUCUGAAUACCUGAUGGAGAAGUCAACCCCAACUGUUGAUUUAACUCCUCUUGAUGUAACAGAAGUAACGCCUGACACAGAUAUAUUGAAAUCAGUGGACGAGGGCUCGUCUGUUACAAACAAGAGGACAUGGGAAGAGAUAGUAGAUUUUGUGGAAGAAAAACCAAAUCCUACCAGUCCUGACCAUGAUUACAGUACAAAACGGCCUCGGUUGACUUCUUCAUUAGAAACGGAAUCACCUAACAACCAACCAAGUACAUCAACUCGUGUUGACAAAUACAAAGUACGACGCGAGAAAAAUAACAUAGCUUCAAAGAGAUCUCGGGAAAUUAGGAAAAACAAAUUUAGUGAAAUGGAAGAAAAAGCUCAAAAGUUUGAAGUUGAAAAUGAAGCUAUGCGUGAUAGAAUUAUUGUUUUAGAAGCUUUGGCUAAAGAAAUGAAAGCUACAUUGGUAGCUAGACUUGCUGGAAAAUAAUUUGAUAUAAUAACAUCUUUCAGACAGUUUUGUUUAAAUUUUGGAUGGUUGGAUUAACUUAAUCAUUUUUUUUUUUGCAAUAUCUUUUAGAGAUACAGUAAAUCCAAAAAAAGUUAGAUAUCUAUGAAAUGUAAAAAAAAAAAAAAACAUAAUUAAACUCAGAAAAUGUUGAAAUAGCUAAAAACAAGUUGUUAUAUUUGCAUCAAGUAUAUAGAUCAUAAUAAUAUUUAUUGCAUUUUCAUCAUUUCACUUGGACAAAGGAGGUUUAAUGCCCUUUAUUAACUCAUUUGAAUUUCAUUUCAUCUUAACCCAUGGCCCAGUUUAUGGAGCUCAAUACACGUAUAUGGAAUUAUAUUGUAUAUAUCCGGUGAUAUUUAUAAAACCACAUUGUAUUUUGUAUUUUUACACUAUAUGUAAUUAAUUUAUUUUGAAUACACAUGUACAUGAAACCAAAAUUACCUGCUGGCUUGAGCUGUAUUCUGAAUGCUACGGUUGAAACAAGUAAUAAAUCAGUUUAGUAAAUUUAAUUCAAUAAUUAGAUGAUCUUGACAUGAAUGUACUCCACUAAACCUUCAAAUUUCAUAAUGGGCAAGAAAUUUGGUGAUAAACAUGUAUUUAUUUCAAAUCAUUAUUACAUCUUUAUGAAAUGAUUAUCAUUAAUAUUUAUACUUUAUUUUAUGUGUUCUAUUUGAGUUUUUGUCUAAUGUCAUUGUAGUGCUAAAGAGGAUUUUUUCUAACCAAUUUCAUAUUUUAUAGAUUUUCAUCAUUUUUCUAUAGAUUGUCAUGUUAUUUUCAUAUUUGUUAAAGAAUUUCAUAUUUCUAUAUAAUUGAUUUUGUACUACAUAUGUUACCAAUGUACAAAUAUCAUGAGACAUAUUCAUGUCUGAAUACAUUUUAUGUUGUUGAAUGCCAAUAAAACAUUUUUUUUGUUAAA